AUGUCAUCUAACGUCGGUAGACUUGCAUACGAAUUACAUGAAGUUAUUUAUAGUCAAUCUCGAGGUCGACAUUUUGCAUCGCUUGAUUUAGAUUAUCAUGUUUUCGGAUUUACUGCUAGCGGUGAAGGUCCAUGGAUUAUGCAAGCCAAGAAAGAUUGCGCUAGCAAUGGGUCUGGUACUAUUGAUUUACUCAAGGGAGAUUUGUUAGAUUCGUGUGUAUCCAUAAAGGAAAAGAAAAACAUAGUCUAUGGUUAUUCUAAACGUUUAAAAAAGUUCGGACACUUCCAUCAAUCAUGUCUUUAUUACCUUGCAGAUAAUCAAGACUAUCCAGAUUAUAGCAAAUCAGACGGAUGGUAUCAACAGCAUAUACCUGAUAUGAAAAGAAUAUCUACAUUAGGGAAUAUUUGCAUGAAAUCGUCGAUAACUGACAUUGGUGUAAUAUAA